GGCAAAAAGCUUAGCCCACAGCGCAUGGGAUGGUGGGGGUGCGGCGGGGCGCAAGUGCCUUCUGUGGUUGGGCAUCUCGCACGACAGCAGGGCCUUCCCCAAAGUUCCCCGCCGCUGCCAUCCGGAGGUGCCCCUCAACAGCAAGCGGGCAAGGACCACCCGGGCAGCUCCGCUGAAGCUUAUAAGUCGUGGCUCCCGCGCCGGAUCGCUCGAUUUCGCCCGGAACCACAUCAGCCCCGAUAGGUAGCUCCCGCUCCCACCUCACACAGCCCCUUCUACACUAGACUCUGACGACUCAACCACCGGACUAAACACCUCCACGCCAUCACAGUCACCCCCCACGCGUCCGCUGCCUCCACCAUGGCGCCGCUCCGCUCGCUCGCCGCUGCGGCGCUGCUGUUCCUCGCAACGCACGCCCACUUCAUCCUCAACUUGCCGCCCUCGCUCGAGGGCGGCAACAUGCAGGAGAGCCUCGAGCCCAAUGCGCCGUGCGGCGGCGGCGCGCCGGAUCUCGCGUCGAACACGGCGACCGACUUCCACGUCGACGGCGAUGCCAUCUCCGUGCAGCUGGGCCACCCGCAGGCCAAUUUUCUAUUCCGUGCCACGCUCGACUCGCACGCCGCCGGCAACUGGACCCAGCUGUUCCCGAUCGUGCAGCAAACCACGCGCGGCAACUUCUGCGAGCCCGUCGUCACCGCCCCGAAGGACUGGGCCGGCAAGAAGGGCUUCAUCGGCGUGGUGUGCGACGGGCCCGACGGGCUCCUGUUCCAGUGCGCCGCCGUCAACUUCGUCACCGGCACCAACACGGCCGCCGGCUCGGCCUGCACCAACGGCACCGGAGUCACCGCGGCCUUCGUCGCCGACAAGUCCCUCAGCGGCCUCGUGGGCGCGGGCGCUUCGAACUCGAGCGGCAGCACGAGCUCGCCGACCUCGCCGAGCCCGGCGGCCACCUCGUCCAGCCUCGCGGCGCCCUCGUUGCUGCGGGGCAGCGGACUGCCAGUCGCCAGUGUCGCGGUUACGGCGGUGAUGUUCCUAGUGGGAGUGGCGCUGCUCUGAGUGAGGCGUUUCCUAAGACCAGCUGAGCCUCUGCCGGGUAUCGUGCUGCACAGGACGGGAAACGGAUGUCUGCGGAUUGAGCAGCGUCAGGAGGAACCACUGGGCUACUGAGGCUCCCUUCCCG